UACUUUUUUAAUGUAUUUUAUUUUUUUUUACCACAUUGUGACAGAUACAGAGUUCAUGCUUGCGCUCCUCAUUCAUUUUGAUCAUGCUCAUGUUGGGGUUAUUUCAUCACGUUGCACUGAAGCUGGAGGAGCGAGAGAGUUCUACUUUUUGUCACCAGACUGUUUGGGAUUCUUACAGCUCGUCUGGUGUCAGAUCGGACUCUCCAUCUUGAAAAGGCUGGCUUGGCGUUGGGCCCCUCCGGGGCGAGGUGGCCGAGGCACCCGGUGGCAGAGGUAGUGACGUACGUAUGUGCGGCAGCAAUGAAUCACUGGGAGACAAUGCCCCCCUCUCAGCCUGAGCUGUUUGCAGAUGCACUGAACACAACACAGGUCAACAAGCUCUGGAGUCAUUAGAGUGCAGAAACAAAGUCAGUCCUGCAGACUGCACCCUGUUGUGCCUGCAGAUGCUUUUCCAAAAAACAAAAACAAAAAAACAAAAAAAACAAUAAACCUUUUACUCAUUAUUACAAGUUGAUCAAAAAGAAACAUAAAAAAUGAAAAGACAAAAACAGUCACUGUCUGUUAUUUGAGAAGAAAUACUUUCGUCAUGCAAAGCACACCACGAUCUAACUCUGGGCACAUCAGUCUGAAAAUGAGCUGUGACUGAGAAGAAGCAAGACAAUACAAAUGUCUCAGUAUUCAGUCUUUCACACUUCACUAUCUUCCUCUCAGAAUCCUCCACAAUUAUUCUGAACUCACUCAUGCAAGUGGAAAUGCCAGCAGGUGUGGCACCUAUAGGUCUAUUCUGAAAGCACAGUGGUAGACGCUCGCGCACGCGCGCGCACGCUCACAUAUGACUCAUCUCAUCUAAACUAAAGCACUUUGUCAGAGGCGUCCAUUCACGUUACACCCAUGCAAGUACGCGCAGACUCAAUCUCAGCUUGGAGCGCGACACUUAUAGUGAGCUUGGCUAUAUAAGUCCAUUCAGCAUCUACUCUUUAAGUAACUAUAUACUUGUUUCUCCUAAGAAGUGAAGGAGGGCGGCAUCUCGCCAACUACCUGGCAAACUGCACGGCUGUUCUGGACCUAAUCUAAAGACUGAAGAUUCCUGCUGAUAUCCUGACAUGAAGCUCAAUUUACUUGGCACCACCGUGAUUCUGCUCGUUGCCUUCUUACCCCGCUACGAAUGUCGGGCUAUUGAGAGCCCUGGCGGUGCCCUGCGCGUCCCAGCUCCCCAAACCCAAAACUCCCAGCAGCAGCAACAGCAGUCUGGUCCCAUCCUGGAGCGGCUUGGAGAGGAGUAUUUCAUCCGACUGGGCAACGGGGACUCUAACUCUUUCCCAUCAUCGUCCAUGUAUCCCGGCGGAUCACCUGCGAUCUACAACAGAGCGUUGCAACUCCAGCUGACGCGGCGUCUUUUACAAGGAAAAGUUGGGAACAUCAGGGCGCUCAUAAGCGGCUUCGGAGACCGCGGGGACGACUCGAUGGAGAGGGGAAGGAGGUCCGAGGACCCGCCGAUUUCCCUGGAUCUGACCUUCCACCUGCUCCGGGAGAUGAUGGAGAUGUCCAGGGCGGAACAGCUGGCCCAGCAAGCGCAAAAUAACAGAAGAAUGAUGGAGCUCUUCGGGAAAUGAAGACCUCUUUCCAGUCCGCCAAAGAUCUCCCUUUCCUUUCAUUUUCUUUUUCUUUUUUUUCUUUGUUGCAUUUUUACCAUCAGCACAAAAACAUGCUCUGUACAAUAUAGUGCUGCUUUAUCACUCUAUUAUUUAUAGCUUUAACCUCAAACUAUGGAGCGUAAACGGGCUUGACUUAUAAUGAUCCGAUUGUACCUUGCCAUUUUAAUGUUGGUGUCAAAUCUGUAGAAUUACGCCGUUCUUCAUGUUUGAGAUGAAAUACUUUGGGUUGACAUGAAAUACUGCAUUGACAAAACUGGCAUACUUUGUUUUAGAUUACGAAUCACUGUAUUUAUGAUAUUUAUGUUUGUUAAUAAACUUAUGUGCAACCAGUCAUUUUCUGUUGUGCAAGAGAACGUCUUAUAUCUAUAUUUUUUAAUAAAAAAAUUAAAAGCAAUGCUUACACUUCUCUGUGGAUAUCCUUACACACCAGCUAAAAUGAAAGCUAACUAUUCCCACUUCAAUUACUAAUUUGAUUAACAUACAAUUUCCUGACAGAUUUUCUAAUCUUAAAUAGGAGCAAUAUGCAAACAGUUGUUUGGAGAGAGUGCAAAUGGCCACUGCAUCUUGAGUCUUGCCUACACAAAUAUUGAUUGAUAGAGAAAGGUCUCUCAAACAGAAUAUAAAAAUCUUAUAUGGUGUAACCGUGGCAUUGCUCCGGAGCCAAGUCGUGGGUUAACACUGUGCCUCCUCUCUAAAAGGAGCUGUAACAACAAAAACAUUUACCAAAAAGACAUUUUUAAGGAGCAUCUGCAGGUGGAGAACAUUCACAUAGCGUCCUUUUCUCCUAAACCCUGUAAUCCCCCAAGAAGUAAUUCUCAUUAUACCAGCAAGAGGCUGGAGCUGAAAGAUGCACCACUGACAGCUAAUGAGUGUGAAAGGCACUGUGUGUGUGUGUUGUGCUGAUCCUUGACCCACAGUGUCAGAGUAAACUAGACAAGAGCUGUGGGUGUGAGUCAUCCUAUUCUGUUUGGCCCACUUAGCAACUUGAGGCUUAGUGCUGCAUUGAACCCAUUUGUAAAGGAUCCAACUAACUCACGCAAUAAUUAGACAGGACCACCUCAAUGGUAGAGGGACAGCAAGGUGAGACCAUCACGGGGCGGCAAAUAGAGAACUGGUGGCCUGCAGCACGCCUCCUUCUGAUAAUGCAGAGAAGGUUGUGGGCAGAACGGUAUC